ACCACUUUGCUCAGCCCAGACGAGCAGCAACACAGAAAAAAAGUUCAUAUCAACUUAGAGCCGAGGAGGGCGGGAGAGGGGGGUAAGAAAAAAGGCCCUGGAGGCUAGUUUGUUGGAGAAAGAGUCACAGAAUCCUUAAAGACCACAAAGUUGUGAGGCGAGGAAGAAUUUCCGUUGGGCUGCGGAGACGGCAACAGGACACGUUUUCAAGGAUGCUCCAGCUGGAGUGAGGCUUCUUGAGCGCGAAGCCUGCGCAUAGAAGCCAAGAAUACAAGAACCACAGCAUCCGACUGAGGGCCUUGGCCUUGCUCGAGCAAUCCGAGAUGGCUGAAGAGGAAGAAACCAGAGAGGUGCUUUUUCCAGAUUGGGAGGGCACAGACAAAACUGGCUUGACCAUUGAAAAGACAGGAGGAGAGUUCUAUGUCAAAGAGGUGAAAGGAGAGUCACCUGCAGCAAGGUCUGGAAAAGUAUAUGAAGGUGAUCAAAUUGUGGGGGCCACUGUCUACUUUGAUAACAUGACCUCAGAAGAAACAGCUGAUCUACUGAAGACAUUGAACCGCCACAAGGUUGGACUUAAACUACAAAACAAAGACAAAUCCCCUUUCUGCUCGCCCUUGAGCACACCGUGUCGUUCACCAAUCAGCACCCUGACAUGGGAAGGGAAGACCAGGUUUGGAGGUUCCAGUCCAGACAUCAUCCUUAGUGGGGAGGAUGAGGACUAUAAGAGAAUAUAUUCAAAGAAGAUUAAACCAAGGCUGAAGUCUGAAGACCUUGCAGAGGGAGUAGAUGUUCGCACAGAGCGGCAUAGCAGCACAAGCAGCGAUGGCAGCACAAUUACGACCAUCACCCGCCGCAUCACCACCUACACAGUGGAUAUGCCGGGCGGCAUGAGUGAGCAACUUGAACUUUCAAGCCCAGAGUUGAAGGGGCUAAGGCAUGAAUCUGGUGAUUAUUCUCCGCGAAUACAAAUCGACCACGGCAGCGCUUCAGGUAAAGUGGGAGUAGAAGAGGGAGCUUUUGAAAUAGGGGGAAAACACAAGAGGGUCUUAGAGACCUCAAGAGCGAGUGUGGAGCAAGGCGAUGGAGGCAUUCAGAUGUCUGGAACAAGCACGACACUAAGAGGGAGCACAAACACUGGUAGUGGGUGUGUUACAACGGGAGGGUUUGGAGGUGCAGUAACCUCAACUGUUAAGAACGAAGGUUCAAUUGGUCUUUCUUUACCACAAAAAGAUUCAUUCAAGGAUGAAACAGCAGAACAAAGUAUUGACACCACUUUAGGCGAGAGGACAAAGAUGAAGGUAUCUGAAACUAAAAUCAGUCAUCCGCAGGAAAAGGGAUCAGGCAGCAGAAUGGGGGGAACAGCAAUAACAGUUGGCAGUGUUACCUCAGGAUUUUCCUCAAGCCCAGGCAAGAUUUCAAUGGCAGGUGACAAUGUUAACAUUAAGGGUUCAAAGUUGAAAGGUGAUGUUGUUGUUUGCCUGCCAAGCACACAAGGAGGAAUAAAAGCACCCGUAAUAAACACAGAAAUUACAGGAAUUAGAAAUGAGAAAUGUGAGGAAAUCAAAGAUUUUGAGAUCAAAGGUUCCCGUGUUAACAUUGUAAGACCAGAUGUAAAAUUUCCAGAGGCAGAGCUCAAAACACUUGAAACCCACCCUAGCAUUCAAACCAAAGUCCCGAUGAGUGAUAUCACUGUUUCCCUUCCAAAAUUGAAAAGAAACACAGAAAUACCUACAGUUAAAGGAACGGAGAUUGAGAUUGAAAAGCCUCAAGGUGGAUUUAAGAUGCACGGAAACAAAAUAACCUCUUUUGGGUCUACUGGAUGGAAGAUGGAAGCUCAAGAUAUAGAUAAAAAAACAGAAAUUGAAGUCAAGGGACCAGGGGUUGAUAUUAAAGGACAAAGGGGUGGAUUGGAAAUGCCUAAAAUCAAGAUGCCAUCCUCCAAUAUGAAAGGUAAGGAAGUGGAGGGUCCAGAUGUGAAAGCACCUGUUGUUGACAUUCAAGGGCCAGGAGGUCAGACCACAGGACUCAAUGCAACAAUAAAAGGAGACCAAUUCAACAUGCCAAGCAUUUCCGGACCAACGAUUUCCAUGCAAGAAAUGGAUUUAAAUCUGAAAGGACAAGAAACUAAAAGUGAUCUGGAUAUCUCAAUCCCAAAUGUAAAAGGAGACAUAAAACCAUCUGCAAUUCACAUAAAAGGCCCACAGGUGAAUGUUGAAAGUACUGAAAGUGGAUUUGAAAUGCCUAAAAUCAAUAUGCCAUCAUUUGGUUUCAAAGGAGCAAAAGCAGACCUUCCAGAUGUAGAUGUAAGCCUUCCCAAAGGGAAAAUUGAUGUCAAAGUACCUGAUGUUGAAGUUAAAAGACCGGACUUUGAUGUUGAAGGACCUAAUACCAAUUUGAAAGGAUCCAAAGUCCAACUUCCAUCAAUUUCAGGACCCAAGCUGCCAGAACGGGAUCUGAGUUUGAAAGGUCCCAAAGUAAAGGGAGAUAUGGAUGUGUCAGUUCCAAAGAUCGAGGGUGACAUAAAUAUUCCCACAGUUGACAUCAAAGGACCAAAUGUUGACAUUGAUGGCCACAAAGGAGGAUUCAAAAUGCCUAAAAUAAAAAUGCCAUCUUUUGGAAUAAAAGGUCCAAACAUUGAAAGGCCAGAAGUUGAUGUUAGCCUCCCUAAGGCCGAUAUUGACAUCAAAGCUACCGAAUUGAAUGUGAAAGGACAAGAUGUUGACAUAGAAGGCCAAAGUGGUAAAAUCAAAGGACCCAAAUUCAACAUGCCCAGCAUAUCUGGACCUGAACUUUCCAUGCCAGAGGUGGAUUUCAAUCUGAAAGGUCCCAAAGUAAAAGGUGAUGUGGAUAUGUCACUCCUAAAGACAAAGGGAGGCGUACAAUCAACUGAAAUUGAUAUCAAAGGUCCCCAGCUUAAUAUUGAAGGUCCCAAAGGGGGCAUUGAAAUGCCAAAAAUCAAAAUGCCUUCAUUUGGCUUGAAAGGAGCAAAAGCAGACCUACCAGAUGUGGAUGUACGCAUUCCCAAAAGUAAAAUUGAUGUCAAAGUACCUGAUGUUGAAGUUAAAAGACCGGACGUUGAUGUUGAAGGACCUAAUAUCAAUUUGAAAGGAUCCAAAGUCCAACCUCCAUCAAUUUCAGGACCCAAGCUUCCAGAUUGGGAUCUGAGUCUGAAAGGUCCCAAAGUAAAAGGAGAUUUAGAUGUGUCGGUUCCGAAGAUUGAGGGAGACAUAAAUGUUCCCACAGUUGACAUUGAAGGACCAAAUGUUGACAUCGAUGGCCACAAAGGAGGAUUCAAAAUGCCUAAAAUUAAAAUGCCAUCCUUUGGAAUGAAAGGUCACAACAUUGAAGGGCUAGAAGUUGAUGUAAGCCUCCCUAAGGCUGAUAUUGACAUCAAAGCUCCGGAAUUGGAUGUCAAAGGACCAGAUUUGGACAUUGAGGGCCCAAGUGGUAAAAUCAAAGGACCCAAAUUCAAUAUGCCAAGCAUUUCCGGACCCAAACUUUCCAUGCCUGAUGUGGAUUUCAAUCUGAAAGGUCCCAAAAUGAAGGGUGAUGUUGAUAUGUCAUUGCCAAAGAUAAAAGGAGACAUAAAAUCACCUGAAAUUGACAUCAAAGGUCCACAUGUUGACAUUGAAGGUCCCAAAGGUGGAUUUGAAAUGCCUAAAAUGAAAAUGCCAUCAUUUGGUUUCAAAGGAGCAAAAGCAGACCUACCAGAUGUAAAUGUGAGCCUUCCCAAAGGGAAAAUUGAUGUUAAAGUACCUGAAGUCGACAUUAAAGGGCCAGACUUUGAUGUUGAAGCACCUGAUAUGAAUUUGAAAGGAUCAAAAAUCCAACCUCCAUCAAUCUCUGGACCCAAGCUGCCAGACUGGGAUCUGAGUCUGAAAGGUCCCAAAGUAAAAGGAGAUUUUGAUGUGUCGGUUCCAAAAAUUGAGGGUGACAUUAAUAUUCCCAUAGUUGACAUUGAAGGACCAAAUGUUGACAUCGAUGGCCACAAAGGAGGAUUCAAAAUGCCUAAAAUCAAAAUGCCGUCGUUUGGAAUGAAAGGUAACAACAUUGAAGGGCCAGAAGUUGAUGUAAGCCUCCCUAAAGCUGAUAUUGACAUCAAAGCUCCCGACUUGGAUGUUAAAGUACCAGACGUGGACAUUGAGGGCUCAAGUGGUAAAAUCAAAGGACCCAAAUUCCACAUGCCAAGCAUUUCCGGACCCAAACUUUCCAUGCCUGAUGUGGAUUUCAAUCUGAAAGGUCCCAAAAUGAAGGGUGAUGUGGAUAUGUCAUUGCCAAAGAUAAAAGGAGACAUAAAAUCACCUGAAAUUGACAUCAAAGGUCCACAUGUUGACAUUGAAGGUCCCAAAGGUGGAUUUGAAAUGCCUAAAAUGAAAAUGCCAUCAUUUGGUUUCAAAGGAGCAAAAGCAGACCUACCAGAUGUAGAUGUAAGCCUUCCCAAAGGGAGAAUUGAUGUUAAAGUACCCGAAGUCGACAUUAAAGCGCCAGACUUUGAUGUUGAAGGACCGGAUAUGAAUUUGAAAGGACCAAAAUUCCAUCUUCCAUCAAUCUCGGGACCCAAGCUGCCAGAUUGGGAUCUGAGUCUGAAAGGUCCCAAAGUAAAAGGAGAUUUAGAUGUGUCGGUUCCGAAGAUUGAGGGUGACAUAAAUAUUCCCACAGUUGACAUUGAAGGACCAAAUGUUGACAUCGAUGGCCACAAAGGAGGAUUCAAAAUGCCUAAAAUCAAAAUGCCAUCCUUUGGAAUGAAAGGUCACAACAUUGAAGGGCCAGACAUAGAUGUAAGCCUCCCUAAGGCCAAUAUUGACAUCAACGCUCCUAAAUUGGAUAUCAAAGGACCAGAUUUGGACAUUGAGGGCCCAAGUGGUAAAAUCAAAGGACCCAAAUUCAAUAUGCCAAGCAUUUCAGGACCCAAACUUUCCAUGCCUGAUGUGGAUUUCAAUCUGAAAGGUCCCAAAAUGAAGGGUGAUGUGGAUAUGUCAUUGCCAAAGAUAAAAGGAGACAUAAAAUCACCUGAAAUUGACAUCAAAGGUCCACAUGUUGACAUUGAAGGUCCCAAAGGUGGAUUUGAAAUGCCUAAAAUGAAAAUGCCAUCAUUUGGUUUCAAAGGAGCAAAAGCAGACCUACCAGAUGUAGAUGUAAGCCUUCCCAAAGGGAGAAUUGAUGUUAAAGUACCCGAAGUCGACAUUAAAGCGCCAGACUUUGAUGUUGAAGGACCGGAUAUGAAUUUGAAAGGACCAAAAUUCCAUCUUCCAUCAAUCUCGGGACCCAAGCUGCCAGAUUGGGAUCUGAGUCUGAAAGGUCCCAAAGUAAAAGGAGAUUUAGAUGUGUCGGUUCCGAAGAUUGAGGGUGACAUAAAUAUUCCCACAGUUGACAUUGAAGGACCAAAUGUUGACAUCGAUGGCCACAAAGGAGGAUUCAAAAUGCCUAAAAUCAAAAUGCCAUCCUUUGGAAUGAAAGGUCACAACAUUGAAGGGCCAGACAUUGAUGUAAGCCUCCCUAAGGCCAAUAUUGACAUCAACGCUCCUAAAUUGGAUAUCAAAGGACCAGAUUUGGACAUUGAGGGCCCAAGUGGUAAAAUCAAAGGACCCAAAUUCAAUAUGCCAAGCGUUUCAGGACCCAAACUUUCCAUGCCUGAUGUGGAUUUCAAUCUGAAAGGUCCGAAAAUGAAGGGUGAUGUGGAUAUGUCAUUGCCAAAGAUAAAAGGAGACAUAAAAUCACCUGAAAUUGACAUCAAAGGUCCACAUGUUGACAUUGAAGGUCCCAAAGGUGGAUUUGAAAUGCCUAAAAUGAAAAUGCCAUCAUUUGGUUUCAAAGGAGCAAAAGCAGACCUACCAGAUGUAGAUGUAAGCCUUCCCAAAGGGAAAAUUGAUGUUAAAGUACCUGAAGUCGACAUUAAAGGGCCAGACUUUGAUGUUGAAGGACCUGAUAUGAAUUUGAAAGGACCAAAAUUCCAUCUUCCAUCAAUCUCGGGACCCAAACUGCCAGACUGGGAUCUGAGUCUGAAAGGUCCCAAAGUAAAAGGAGAUUUAGAUGUGUCGGUUCCGAAGAUUGAGGGUGACAUAAAUAUGCCCACAGUUGACAAUGAAGGACUGAAUGUUGACAUCGAUGGCCACAAAGGAGGAUUCAAAAUGCCUAAAAUGAAAAUGCCAUCCUUUGGAAUGAAAGGUCACAACAUUGAAGGGCCAGAAAUUGAUGUAAGUCUCCCUAAAGCUGAUAUUGAUAUCAAAGCUCCCGAUUUGGAUGUUAAAGGACCAGAUUUGGACAUUGAGGGCCCAAGUGGUAAAAUCAAAGGACCCAAAUUCCACAUGCCGAGCAUUUCAGGACCCAAACUUUCCAUGCCUGAUGUGGAUUUCAAUCUGAAAGGUCCCAAAAUGAAAGGAGAUGUGGAUAUGUCAUUGCCAAAGAUAAAAGGGGACAUAAAAUCACCUGAAAUUGACAUCAAAGGUCCACAUGUUGACAUUGAAGGUCCUAAAGGUGGAUUUGAAAUGCCUAAAAUGAAAAUGCCAUCAUUUGGUUUCAAAGGAGCAAAAGCAGACCUACCAGAUGUAGAUGUGAGCCUUCCCAAAGGUAAACUUGAUGUUAAAGUACCGGAUGUUGACAUUAAAGGGCCAGACUUUGAUGUUGAAGGACCUGAAAUGAAUUUGAAAGGACCAAAAUUCACACUUCCAUCAAUCCCAGGACCCAAGCUGCCAGAUUGGGAUCUAAGUCUGAAAGGUCCCAAAGUAAAAGGAGAUUUAGAUUUGUCGAUUCCAAAAAUUGAGGGUGACAUAAAUAUCCCUACAGUCGACAUUGAAGGACCAAAUGUUGACAUCGAUGGCCACAAAGGAGGAUUCAAAAUGCCUAAAUUUAAAAUGCCGUCGUUUGGAAUGAAAGGUCCAAACAUUGAAGGGCCAGACAUUGAUGUAAGCCUUCCUAAAGCUAAUAUUGACAUCAACGCUCCUAAAUUGGAUAUCAAAGGACCAGAUUUGGACAUUGAGGGCCCAAGUGGUAAAAUCAAAGGACCCAAAUUCAAUAUGCCAAGCAUUUCAGGACCCAAACUUUCCAUGCCUGAUGUGGAUUUCAAUCUGAAAGGUCCCAAAAUGAAGGGUGAUGUGGAUAUGUCUUUGCCAAAGAUAAAAGGGGACAUAAAAUCACCUGAAAUUGACAUCAAAGGUCCACAUGUUGACAUUGAAGGUCCUAAAGGUGGAUUUGAAAUGCCUAAAAUGAAAAUGCCAUCAUUUGGUUUCAAAGGAGCAAAAGCAGACCUACCAGAUGUAGAUGUAAGCCUUCCCAAAGGUAAACUUGAUGUUAAAGUACCGGAUGUUGACAUUAAAGGGCCAGACUUUGAUGUUGAAGGACCUGAUAUGAAUUUGAAAGGACCAAAAUUCCAUCUUCCAUCAAUCUCGGGACCCAAACUGCCAGAUUGGGAUCUGAGUCUGAAAGGUCCCAAAGCAAAAGGAGAUUUAGAUGUGUCGGUCCCGAAGAUUGAGGGUGACAUAAAUAUCCCCACAGUCGACAUUGAAGGACCAAAUGUUGACAUUGAUGGCCACAAAGGAGGAUUCAAAAUGCCUAAAUUUAAAAUGCCGUCGUUUGGAAUGAAAGGUCCAAACGUUGAAGGGCCAGAAAUUGAUGUAAGUCUCCCUAAAGCUGAUAUUGACAUCAAAGCUCCCGAUUUGGAUGUUAAAGUACCAGAUUUGGACAUUGAGAGCCCAAGUGGUAAAAUCAAAGGACCCAAAUUCCACAUGCCAAGCAUUUCAGGACCCAAACUUUCCAUGCCUGAUGUGGAUUUUAAUCUGAAAGGUCCCAAAAUGAAAGGUGACGUGGAUAUGUCAUUGCCAAAGAUAAAAGGAGACAUAAAAUCACCUGAAAUUGACAUCAAAGGUCCACAUGUUGACAUUGAAGGUCCCAAAGGUGGAUUUGAAAUGCCUAAAAUGAAAAUGCCAUCAUUUGGUUUCAAAGGAGCAAAAGCAGACCUACCAGAUGUAAAUGUGAGCCUUCCCAAAGGUAAACUCGAUGUUAAAGCACCGGAUGUCGACAUUAAAGGGCCAGACUUUGAUGUUGAAGGACCUGAUAUGAAUUUGAAAGGACCAAAAUUCCAUCUUCCAUCAAUUUCAGGACCCAAGCUGCCAGAUUGGGAUCUGAGUCUGAAAGGUCCCAAAGUAAAAGGAGAUUUAGAUGUGUCGGUUCCGAAGAUUGAGGGUGACAUAAAUAUUCCCACAGUCGACAUUGAAGGACCAAAUGUUGACAUUGAUGGCCACAAAGGAGGAUUCAAAAUGCCUAAAUUUAAAAUGCCGUCGUUUGGAAUGAAAGGUCCAAACGUUGAAGGGCCAGACAUUGAUGUAAGCCUCCCUAAGGCUAAUAUUGACAUCAAAGCUCCAGAUUUGGAUAUCAAAGGACCAGAUUUGGACAUUGAGAGCCCAAGUGGUAAAGUUAAAGGACUCAAAUUUAACAUGCCAAGCAUUUCAGGACCCAAACUUUCCAUGCCUGAUGUGGAUUUCAAUCUGAAAGGUCCGAAAAUGAAGGGCGAUGUAGAUAUGUCAUUGCCAAAGAUAAAAGGAGACAUAAAAUCACCUGAAAUUGACAUCAAAGGUCCACAUGUUGACAUUGAAGGUCCCAAAGGUGGAUUUGAAAUGCCUAAAAUGAAAAUGCCAUCAUUUGGUUUCAAAGGAGCAAAAGCAGACCUACCAGAUGUAGAUCUAAGCGUUCCCAAAGGGAAAAUUGAUGUUAAAGUACCUGAAGUCGACAUUAAAGGGCCAGACUUUGAUGUUGAAGGACUUGAAAUGAAUAUGAAAGGACCAAAAUUCACACUCCCAUCAAUCUCGGGACCCAAGCUGCCAGAUUGGGAUUUGAGUCUGAAAGGUCCCAAAGUAAAAGGAGAUUUAGAUGUGUCAGUUCCGAAGAUUGAGGGUGACAUAAAUAUUCCCACAGUUGACAUUGAAGGACUGAAUGUUGACAUCGAUGGCCACAAAGGAGGAUUCAAAAUGCCUAAAAUUAAAAUGCCAUCCUUUGGAAUGAAAGGUCACAACAUUGAAGGGCCAGAAAUUGAUGUAAGUCUCCCUAAAGCUGAUAUUGACAUCAAAGCUCCCGAUUUGGAUGUUAAAGUACCAGAUUUGGAUAUUGAGAGCCCAAGUGGUAAAAUCAAAGGACCCAAAUUCCACAUGCCAAGCAUUUCAGGACCCAAACUUUCCAUGCCUGAUGUGGAUUUCAAUCUGAAAGGUCCCAAAAUAAAAGGUGACGUGGAUAUGUCAUUGCCAAAGAUAAAAGGAGACAUAAAAACACCUGAAAUUGACAUCAAAGGUCCACAUGCUGACAUUGAAUUUCCCAAAGGUGGAUUUGAAAUGCCUAAAAUGAAAAUGCCAUCAUUUGGUUUCAAAGGAGCAAAAGCAGACCUACCAGAUGUAGAUGUGAGCCUUCCCAAAGGUAAACUCGAUGUUAAAGCACCGGAUGUCGACAUUAAAGGGCCAGACUUUGAUGUUGAAGGACCUGAUAUGAAUUUGAAAGGACCAAAAUUCCAACUUCCAUCAAUCUCGGGACCCAAGCUGCCAGAUUGGGAUCUGAGUCUGAAAGGUCCCAAAGUAAAAGGAGAUUUAGAUGUGUCGGUUCCAAAAAUUGAGGGUGACAUAAAUAUUCCCACAUUCGACAUUGAAGGACCAAAUGUUGACAUUGAUGGCCACAAAGGAGGAUUCAAAAUGCCUAAAUUUAAAAUGCCGUCGUUUGGAAUGAAAGGUCCAAACAUUGAAGGGCCAGACAUUGAUGUAAGCCUCCCUAAGGCUAAUAUUGACAUCAAAGCUCCAGAAUUGGAUAUCAAAGGACCAGAUUUGGACAUUGAGGGCCCAAGUGGUAAAGUUAAAGGACCCAAAUUUAACAUGCCAAGCAUUUCAGGACCCAAACUUUCCAUGCCUGAUGUGGAUUUCAAUCUGAAAGGUCCUAAAAUUAAAGGUGAUGUGGAUAUGUCAUUGCCAAAGAUAAAGGGAGGCAUACAACCACCUGAUUUUGACAUGAAAACUCCUGAAUUGGAUAUCAAAGCACCAGAUUUUGACAUUAACUCUCCAAGUGGUAAAAUCAAAGGACCCAAAUUCAACAUGCCAAGCAUUUCAGGACCCAAACUUUCAAUGCCUGAUGUGGAUUUCAAUCUGAAAGGUCCCAAAAUGAAAGGUGAUGUGGAUAUGCCAUUGCCAAAGAUCAAGGGAGGCGUACAACCACCUGAAAUGAACAUCAAAGGUCCCCAGCUUGACAUUGAAGGUCCCAAAGGGGGCAUUGAAAUGCCUAAAAUAAAAAUGCCAUCAUUUGGCUUCAAAGGUUCCCAAACAGAUGGUGUAGAUGUUGAUAUAAAUCUUCCCAAAGCUGAAAUUGACAUAAAAGCACCGAAUGUUGACAUUAAAGGGCCAGAGUUUGAUAUUAAAGGGCCAAAAAAUGGAUUUGACAUGCCUAAAAUCCAAAUUCCAUCAAUUUCAGGGCCAAAGCUUCCAGAAUUAGAUUUCGGUGUGAAAGGAUCAAAAAUAAAAGGUGAUAUGUCCUCUCCAAAGAUUGAGGGAGACAUCAAAACACCUAAGAUUGACAUUAAAGGUGAGCUUGAGGGUCCAGAUGUUACAUUUGAUGUUCCAGAAAUUGGCCUAAAGAAAUCUAAAUUCAAAAUGCCAAAGUUUGGAUUCAAGAGCCCAAAGUCAAAGGCACCAGAAGCUGAUGUGGAAAUGGGAAAAGGUGAUAUCAGCAUCAAAGGGAAGACUGGUAGUGCUGAACACCUAGAUCUUGACCUUGGAAUGACUACAUCGAAAACCAAAGGAUCAAAAUUCAAGAUGCCAAGAUUUGGUUUCAAAGUGCCAAAAGGUGAAAUGCCUGAAAUUGACAUAAAUCUUCCCAAAGCUGAUAUUGAUGUAAAAACAUUUAAUGUUGACAUUAAAGGACAAGAUGUCAAUGUUGAAACUCCAGAAGGAAAAGUCAAGGGAAAGAAACUGAAAAUGCCAACAAUCUCAGGACCAAAAAUGUCAAUGCCGGAUGUGGAUUUCAAUGUGAAGUCUCCAAAACUCAAAGGUGAUGUGGAUAUAUCACUGAUAAAAGGUGACAUGAAAAUACCUGACGUUGAUAUUACAGGUCCAAAAAUUGACAUUGAUGGUAAAAGAAGUGGAUUUGAAAUUCCAAAAAUCAAAAUGCCAUCGUUUGGAGUAAAAGGUCCAAACAUUGAAGGGCCAGAUGUGGAUGUAAGCCUCCCUAAGGGCAAUAUUGACAUCAACGCUCCUGAAUUGGAUAUCAAAGAACCAGAUUUGGAUAUUGAGAGCCCAAGUGGUAAAAUCAAAGGACCCAAAUUCCACAUGCCAAACAUUUCAGGACCCAAACUUUCCAUGCCUGAUGUGGAUUUCAAUCUGAAAGGUCCCAAAAUAAAGGGUGAUGUGGAUAUGUCAUUGCCAAAGUUAAAAGGAGACAUAAAAUCACCUGAAAUUGAUAUCAAAGGUCCACAUGUUGACAUUGAAGGUCCCAAAGGUGGAUUUGAAAUGCCUAAAAUGAAAAUGCCAUCAUUUGGUUUCAAAGGAGCAAAAGCAGACCUACCAGAUGUAGAUGUAAGCCUUCCCAAAGGGAAAAUUGAUGUUAAAGUACCGGAUGUCGACAUUAAAAGGCCAGACUUUGAUGUUGAAGGACCUGAUAUGAAUUUGAAAGGACCAAAAUUCCAACUUCCAUCAAUCUCCGGACCCAAGUUGCCAGAUUGGGAUUUGAGUCUGAAAGGUCCCAAAGUAAAAGGAGAUUUAGAUGUGUCGGUUCCAAAGAUUGAGGGUGACAUAAAUAUGCCUACAGUCGACAUUGAAGGACCAAAUGUUGACAUCGAUGGCCACAAAGGAGGAUUCAAAAUGCCUAAAUUUAAAAUGCCGUCGUUUGGAAUGAAAGGUCCAAACGUUGAAGGGCCAGACAUUGAUGUAAGCCUCCCUAAGGCCAAUAUUGACAUCAACGCUCCUGAAUUGGAUAUCAAAGGACCAGAUUUGGAUAUUGAGAGCCCAAGUGGUAAAAUAAAAGGACCCAAAUUCCACAUGCCAAACAUUUCAGGACCCAAACUUUCCAUGCCUGAUGUGGAUUUCAAUCUGAAAGGUCCCAAAAUGAAGGGUGAUGUGGAUAUGUCAUUGCCAAAGAUAAAAGGAGACAUAAAAUCACCUGAAAUUGACAUCAAAGGUCCACAUGUUGACAUUGAAGGUCCCAAAGGUGGAUUUGAAAUGCCUAAAAUGAAAAUGCCAUCAUUUGGUUUCAAAGGAGCAAAAGCAGACCUACCAGAUGUAGAUGUAAGCCUUCCCAAAGGGAAAAUUGAUGUUAAAGUACCUGAAGUCGACAUUAAAGGGCCAGACUUUGAUGUUGAAGGAACUGAUAUGAAUUUGAAAGGACCAAAAUUCCAUCUUCCAUCAAUCUCAGGACCCAAGCUGCCAGAUUGGGAUCUGAGUCUGAAAGGUCCCAAAGUAAAAGGAGAUUUAGAUGUGUCGGUUCCAAAGAUUGAGGGUGACAUAAAUAUGCCUACAGUCGACAUUGAAGGACCAAAUGUUGACAUUGAUGGCCACAAAGGAGGAUUCAAAAUGCCUAAAUUUAAAAUGCCGUCGUUUGGAAUGAAAGGUCCAAACGUUGAAGGGCCAGACAUUGAUGUAAGCCUCCCUAAGGCCAAUAUUGACAUCAACGCUCCUGAAUUGGAUAUCAAAGGACCAGAUUUGGAUAUUGAGAGCCCAAGUGGUAAAAUAAAAGGACCCAAAUUCCACAUGCCAAACAUUUCAGGACCCAAACUUUCCAUGCCUGAUGUGGAUUUCAAUCUGAAAGGUCCUAAAAUAAAGGGUGAUGUGGAUAUGUCAUUGCCAAAGUUAAAAGGAGACAUAAAAUCACCUGAAAUUGACAUCAAAGGUCCACAUGUUGACAUUGAAGGUCCCAAAGGUGGAUUUGAAAUGCCUAAAAUGAAAAUGCCAUCAUUUGGUUUCAAAGGAGCAAAGGCAGACCUACCAGAUGUAGAUGUAAGCCUUCCCAAAGGGAAAAUUGAUGUUAAAGUACCAGAUGUCGACAUUAAAGGGCCAGACUUUGAUGUUGAAGGACCUGAUAUGAAUUUGAAAGGACCAAAAUUCCAACUUCCAUCAAUCUCCGGACCCAAGUUGCCAGAUUGGGAUUUGAGUCUGAAAGGUCCCAAAGUAAAAGGAGAUUUAGAUGUGUCGGUUCCAAAGAUUGAGGGUGACAUAAAUAUGCCCACAGUCGACAUUGAAGGACCAAAUGUUGACAUUGAUGGCCACAAAGGAGGAUUCAAAAUGCCUAAAUUUAAAAUGCCGUCGUUUGGAAUGAAAGGUCCAAACGUUGAAGGGCCAGACAUUGAUGUAAGCCUUCCUAAGGCUAAUAUUGACAUCAACGCUCCUAAAUUGGAUAUCAAAGGACCAGAUUUGGACAUUGAGGGCCCAAGUGGUAAAAUCAAAGGACCCAAAUUCAAUAUGCCAAGCAUUUCAGGACCCAAACUUUCCAUGCCUGAUGUGGAUUUCAAUCUGAAAGGUCCCAAAAUGAAGGGUGAUGUGGAUAUGUCAUUGCCAAAGAUAAAAGGAGACAUAAAAUCACCUGAAAUUGACAUCAAAGGUCCACAUGUUGACAUUGAAGGUCCCAAAGGUGGAUUUGAAAUGCCUAAAAUGAAAAUGCCAUCAUUUGGUUUCAAAGGAGCAAAAGCAGACCUACCAGAUGUAAAUGUGAGCCUUCCCAAAGGUAAACUCGAUGUUAAAGCACCGGAUGUCGACAUUAAAGGGCCAGACUUUGAUGUUGAAGGACCUGAUAUGAAUUUGAAAGGACCAAAAUUCCAUCUUCCAUCAAUUUCAGGACCCAAGCUGCCAGAUUGGGAUCUGAGUCUGAAAGGUCCCAAAGUAAAAGGAGAUUUAGAUGUGUCGGUUCCGAAGAUUGAGGGUGACAUAAAUAUUCCCACAGUCGACAUUGAAGGACCAAAUGUUGACAUUGAUGGCCACAAAGGAGGAUUCAAAAUGCCGUCGUUUGGAAUGAAAGGUCCAAACGUCGAAGGGCCAGACAUUGAUGUAAGCCUGCCUAAGGCUAAUAUUGACAUCAACGCUCCAGAUUUGGAUAUCAAAGGACCAGAUUUGGACAUUGAGAGCCCAAGUGGUAAAGUUAAAGGACUCAAAUUUAACAUGCCAAGCAUUUCAGGACCCAAACUUUCCAUGCCUGAUGUGGAUUUCAAUCUGAAAGGUCCGAAAAUGAAGGGCGAUGUAGAUAUGUCAUUGCCAAAGAUAAAAGGAGACAUAAAAUCACCUGAAAUUGACAUCAAAGGUCCACAUGUUGACAUUGAAGGUCCCAAAGGUGGAUUUGAAAUGCCUAAAAUGAAAAUGCCAUCAUUUGGUUUCAAAGGAGCAAAAGCAGACCUACCAGAUGUAAAUGUGAGCCUUCCCAAAGGUAAACUCGAUGUUAAAGCACCGGAUGUCGACAUUAAAGGGCCAGACUUUGAUGUUGAAGGAUCUGAAAUGAAUUUGAAAGGACCAAAAUUCACACUUCCAUCAAUCUCAGGACCCAAGCUGCCAGACUGGGAUCUGAGUCUGAAAGGUCCCAAAGUAAAAGGAGAUUUAGAUGUGUCGGUUCCAAAAAUUGAGGGUGACAUAAAUAUUCCCACAGUCGACAUUGAAGGACCAAAUGUUGACAUUGAUGGCUACAAAGGAGGAUUCAAAAUGCCUAAAUUUAAAAUGCCGUCGUUUGGAAUGAAAGGUCCAAACGUCGAAGGGCCAGACAUUGAUGUAAGCCUUCCUAAGGCUAAUAUUGACAUCAACGCUCCUAAAUUGGAUAUCAAAGGACCAGAUUUGGACAUUGAGGGCCCAAGUGGUAAAAUCAAAGGCCCCAAAUUCAAUAUGCCAAGCAUUUCAGGACCCAAACUUUCCAUGCCUGAUGUGGAUUUCAAUUUGAAAGGUCCCAAAAUGAAAGGAGAUGUGGAUAUGUCAUUGCCAAAGAUAAAAGGGGACAUAAAAUCACCUGAAAUUGACAUCAAAGGUCCACAUGUUGACAUUGAAGGUCCUAAAGGUGGAUUUGAAAUGCCUAAAAUGAAAAUGCCAUCAUUCGGUUUCAAAGGAGCAAAAGCAGACCUACCAGAUGUAGAUGUGAGCCUUCCCAGAGGGAAACUUGAUGUUAAAGUACCUGAAGUCGACAUUAAAGGGCCAGACUUCGAUGUUGAAGGACCUGAUAUGAAUUUGAAAGGACCAAAAUUCCAUCUUCCAUCAAUCUCGGGACCCAAGCUGCCAGAUUGGGAUCUGAGUCUGAAAGGUCCCAAAGUAAAAGGAGAUUUAGAUGUGUCGGUUCCGAAGAUUGAGGGUGACAUAAAUAUUCCCACAGUCGACAUUGAAGGACCAAAUGUUGACAUUGAUGGCCACAAAGGAGGAUUCAAAAUGCCUAAAUUUAAAAUGCCGUCGUUUGGAAUGAAAGGUCCAAACGUCGAAGGGCCAGACAUUGAUGUAAGCCUGCCUAAGGCUAAUAUUGACAUCAACGCUCCAGAUUUGGAUAUCAAAGGACCAGAUUUGGACAUUGAGAGCCCAAGUGGUAAAGUUAAAGGACUCAAAUUUAACAUGCCAAGCAUUUCAGGACCCAAACUUUCCAUGCCUGAUGUGGAUUUCAAUCUGAAAGGUCCGAAAAUGAAGGGCGAUGUAGAUAUGUCAUUGCCAAAGAUAAAAGGAGACAUAAAAUCACCUGAAAUUGACAUCAAAGGUCCACAUGUUGACAUUGAAGGUCCCAAAGGUGGAUUUGAAAUGCCUAAAAUGAAAAUGCCAUCAUUUGGUUUCAAAGGAGCAAAAGCAGACCUACCAGAUGUAAAUGUGAGCCUUCCCAAAGGUAAACUCGAUGUUAAAGCACCGGAUGUCGACAUUAAAGGGCCAGACUUUGAUGUUGAAGGAUCUGAAAUGAAUUUGAAAGGACCAAAAUUCACACUUCCAUCAAUCUCAGGACCCAAGCUGCCAGACUGGGAUCUGAGUCUGAAAGGUCCCAAAGUAAAAGGAGAUUUAGAUGUGUCGGUUCCAAAAAUUGAGGGUGACAUAAAUAUUCCCACAGUCGACAUUGAAGGACCAAAUGUUGACAUUGAUGGCCACAAAGGAGGAUUCAAAAUGCCUAAAUUUAAAAUGCCGUCGUUUGGAAUGAAAGGUCCAAACGUCGAAGGGCCAGACAUUGAUGUAAGCCUUCCUAAGGCUAAUAUUGACAUCAACGCUCCUAAAUUGGAUAUCAAAGGACCAGAUUUGGACAUUGAGGGCCCAAGUGGUAAAAUCAAAGGCCCCAAAUUCAAUAUGCCAAGCAUUUCAGGACCCAAACUUUCCAUGCCUGAUGUGGAUUUCAAUUUGAAAGGUCCCAAAAUGAAAGGAGAUGUGGAUAUGUCAUUGCCAAAGAUAAAAGGGGACAUAAAAUCACCUGAAAUUGACAUCAAAGGUCCACAUGUUGACAUUGAAGGUCCUAAAGGUGGAUUUGAAAUGCCUAAAAUGAAAAUGCCAUCAUUCGGUUUCAAAGGAGCAAAAGCAGACCUACCAGAUGUAGAUGUGAGCCUUCCCAGAGGGAAACUUGAUGUUAAAGUACCUGAAGUCGACAUUAAAGGGCCAGACUUCGAUGUUGAAGGACCUGAUAUGAAUUUGAAAGGACCAAAAUUCCAUCUUCCAUCAAUCUCGGGACCCAAGCUGCCAGAUUGGGAUCUGAGUCUGAAAGGUCCCAAAGUAAAAGGAGAUUUAGAUGUGUCGGUCCCGAAGAUUGAGGGUGACAUAAAUAUCCCCACAGUCGACAUUGAAGGACCAAAUGUUGACAUUGAUGGCCACAAAGGAGGAUUAAAAAUGCCUAAAUUUAAAAUGCCGUCGUUUGGAAUGAAAGGUCCAAACGUUGAAGGGUCAGACAUUGAUAUAAGCCUUCCUAAGGCUAAUAUUGACAUCAACGCUCCUGAAUUGGAUAUCAAAGGACCAGAUUUGGACAUUGAGGGCCCAAGUGGAAAAAUUAAAGGACCCAAAUUCCACAUGCCAAGCAUUUCAGGACCCAAACUUUCCAUGCCUGAUGUGGAUUUCAAUCUGAAAGGUCCCAAAAUGAAGGGUGAUGUGGAUAUGUCAUUGCCAAAGAUAAAGGGAGACAUAAAAUCACCUGAAAUUGAGAUCAAAGGUCCACAUGUUGACAUUGAAGGUCCCAAAGGUGGAUUUGAAAUGCCUAAAAUGAAAAUGCCAUCAUUUGGUUUCAAAGGCGCAAAAGCAGAUCUACCAGAUGUAGAUGUAAGCCUUCCCAAAGGUAAACUUGAUGCACCUGAUCUUGACAUUAAAGGGCCGGAAUUUAAUGUUGAAGGGCCUGAUGUGAAAUUGAAAGGACCAAAAAUUCAAGCACCAUCAAUUUCAGGACCCAAGCUGCCAGAGUGGGAUAUAGGUCUUAAAGGGCCUACAAUAAAGGGAGAUUUAGAUGUAUCAGCUCCUAAGAUUAAAGGUGACAUGAAAGCUCCGAAGGUAAAUAGUGAAGGACUAGACAUUGACAUUGAUGGUGAAAGCAAAGGACCGAAUUUCCACAUGCCAAGCCUUUCAGGCCCAAAAGUUUCCAUGCCUGAUGUGGAUUUCAAUCUGAAGAGCCCCAAAAUAAAAGGUGAUGUGGAUAUGUCAAUGCCCUCAUUCAACAUCAAAGGUCCAAAAGUGGUUGGUCCCGAUGUUGGUUUAAAACUUCCCAAAGGAAACAUUGAUGCAUCAUUGCCCAAUUUGGAAGCAGAUAUCAGAAGUCCAAAUGCUAACAUUGCUGUUCCCACCAUCACUAUGGAAGGUCUGUCGACCGGUGUUACAUUUCCUAAGUUCAAAGGUCCUAAGUUUGGAAUUAAAUCCCCGGAACUCAGUUUGGAUACCCACGGUUCCAAAAAGGAAAUUAGUGUCCCAGCCACUGAAGCAAGUCUUGAUGCCCCUGAUAUUAAUGUCAACGUAAAGGGGAAAAAAGGGAAAUUCAAACUCCCUAAAGUUAAAGCAAAGGCAAAGAAACCGGAUGUAGACAUAGAACCACCAGCAGCAGCCCUGAAUUUAGACACACCCAACAUUAAUGUCAAAGGAACAAAAGCAAAGAAGCCUCUUUUUGGUAAAAUUCAUUUUCCUGAUCUGGAAUUAGAUAUCAAAUCACCAAAAUUGAAAGGUGAUGGAUCUUCAUCAGGAGGAUUUAAAUCCUCUGACAAAGAUCUUCCAUCUGCUAGCUUGAACACUGCUUUUGGAAGUUCAAAUACAAAUGUUAAUUUGGGAGAGACAGAUGUCAAAUUAAAUCCUAAACCAAAAACGGCAAUUGUUAACUUGUCCACUUCGGAUAUUGAUGCUAAUCUUCACAGACCAGGAGGGGCCACGAUGUCGGCAGGUUUUACAGGCCAAGAUAUAAAUGUGAAAGGUGGUGCAGAGAUUGAUGCAAGUAUUCCAGGUGGCAGUGCAAGCGGUAGCCUUCAUUAUCCGGAAGGUACUGUAACAUUUCCAAAAAAAAAAGUACCAAAAUUUGGCAUUGCUCUGCCUCAGUUGGAAAGCCAGGCAGGUGGAGGAAAUGUUCAGUCAGCUAGUGGAGGAAUGAACGUAAAGUCUCCAACUGUGAGUUGCCAAGUCAGUUCACAAAAUGUAGAGGUUCCGAGUCCAGAACUGACGCACAAAGAAGCAAAGGUAAAGGUAAAGUUGCCAAAAAUGUUUGGCAAAUCAAAAGCAAAGGGCAGUAGUGCAAGUGACCUUCGGGGAUCGGAGGUAGAAUUGAGUACAAGUGAAAAAGGCAGUAAGAAACUUACUGGGGAACUGAAAGGUGGAAAAUUAGAAGGAGAGGGUGAUUAUGGGCUUAGUGCGUCAACUAAAGGAAAGUCAGCCUCAAUGGAUCUAUUCAAAAAAUCAAGGCAUCGGUCUUCUUCUAUGAGUGAUGAGGGGGGGCUUGCAAUAAGUCCUCCUUCCGGUCACCUAGAAGCUGAGGGGGGCGAUAUUUCAUUAGACCUGGGAGGAAGCAAGAUCAAAGGAAAGAAAGGCAAGUUGAAGUUUGGAACCUUUGCAGGUUUUGGUUCAAAGUCAAAGGGUUCAUAUGAAGUGUCGCUUGGUGAAGAAGGGGAAGCAAGUGCAGGUGUUCAUUUACCUUCUAAAAAAUCAAGGUUGUCUUCAUCUUCCAGCAGUGACAGUGGUUCAAGAGGUGGUUUCAGGUUCCCAAGACUUGAACUAUCUGUUUCACCAAAAAAAUGAUUUAUUGUAAAAAAAAGAGUAAAUUAUACUCUUCAAUGUACGCCCAAAUAUACUCUAAAAUGGCAAAUUCGUCAAUGUAAAAACCUUAAAAACCUAAGGAUAAUACACAGUCAUCUCAAUAUUCUCAAUGACAUUUUUUUCAGUAAUUAGAUGCAUGAGAUUGUUGAAAAUGCCCUAUAACUGUAAAUAAGAUAAAUUUGUAUUUUAGUAAUAAAAUAUUCUUUUUUGUAUAUAGUUCAGAUUUAUCAAACACAUGCCACCUCACCAAAUCUUUACAAAUAGUUUGUUACAGGGUUGUCAUUUUGUCUUGUUUUAUUCUCUUAAAGGAACGUUCUUAAUUAAUAGGUGUGUUAUAUUAGUAUCCAGGGCUUGAUUGCACAGAAGAGAUAGUUAGAAUGGUUAUUUUGAAGUAAGAUGUUGUUAGGUCACCCAGACACAAAUAUAAACAGUUUCCAGUUGUUUUGUAUGAAAGGAGCUUUGUAAUGAUAUAAUCCAUUUGGAAGCAUAUUUUGGCAACACAGAGCUGGCCUGUUAUAACCCAUUCUAAAUAGUAGUGGUGUUGUAUAUACCGUAUUUGCAUAGACAAUCAAUGUUUGCAAACGACCAAUGCUCUGAAGUGCUGUUCAUUUCAUAAGAAAUUGUAUUCUUCCUCUGAUUGUAUAAUAUUUCUAAAAAAUAUGCAUCGUACCAUUUGUUUUAAUAUGUUUUGCUUCCCAAUCAUUCAAUCUUUUGUCAUUUUCAUCUUCACCUGUUUUAUUGACAUUUUAUUUCUGUCACUUUCAGUCAUUUGUACACUCACCUUAUGAUAAUAUUAAAAAAAUGUCACUUUUCCAUGCAAAAAAUAAUCUAUGUUAACAGGGAGUUGCAUUGUUUUGAUAAGAUAUGUUUGAGACAGAGCAUGCUUCUUUGAGUAUAUUGUUUUGUGUGCAUUUUGCCAAAUAAAGUAAAUAAAAAGAUUUAUAGAACUUACAA